CAUUCUUGCCUAGAUUGAGGAAACAAGAUUAUUUGAAGUGCUUUCUGUGUAUUGUAGCACAUGUUCCCACCUUGGAUAAGAUUACAGUAAAGUGUCAUGCUGCAUCACUUGGCUGGUUUUCUCUUCGGUCAGGAGGACCAUUUUUUCUUUUAAUUUGACUUCUGGGAUUAUGAUUAAUUGUUGUGUACUUUCCUCCAGAGCAUCAACAUCUGGUGACAGCUGGAGACAGGAUAUCGGGUGCUCACCUUCCUCACUUACUACUCCCUGUUGGUACAGAGUCCUCUCAUAUUCCCAGUGAUAAAGGCUAUCAGGGUGGGAAGAGCAACUCAGGAAAGGAUUUCCCUUGGGUUUGUUUCCCUUUGAGAAGAGAAGAACCUGUGAACAUUGAUGAUCUAAGGAAUCCGAACACUGAUACUCGGUUCAUUUUGUGAUCCUGCCUCUCUGCCCAACUGGACCUCAGCGGCGCUCUCUGUUCUUUCACAUCCGUGAAGGUUUUUCUUCAUAUGUGGAGCUGAGACCCGGGAAUGCAUUAUUAUGGCAGCAGUUGUACAGCAGAAUGAGCUUGUGUUUGAAUUUGCCAGCAACGUUAUGGAGGACGAGCAGCAGCUUGGUGAUCCAUCUAUUUUCCCUGCGGUCAUCGUGGAGCAUGUUCCUAGUGCAGAACUCCUACAUAACUACUCUGGGUUAACCUGUGUGGAUGAACCUAGUGACAUGAUCACUGAGAACUCUCUGGACGUUGCAGAAGAGCAGAUCAUAGAAGAUGAUGAUAUCACCCUCACAGUUGAAGCAUCUUGUCAUAAUGGAGAUGAGACAAUGGAAACAAUCGAGGCUGCUGAAGCACUUCUCAAUAUGGAUUCCCCUGGUCCUAUGUUGGAUGACAAAAGAAUAACAACUAUGUUUGAUGCAACUGAAGAUGAUGAUAUCGUGUCUCCUAUUACGCACGUGUCAGUCACAUUUGAUGGGAUCCCUGACGUGGUGGCAGUUCACCAAGCCCCAGACCCUUAUGCUGAAUCACCAGAGACUCCAGAACUUGAACAACCAAAGAAGAAAAAAGGGAAGAAGUCGAGACCACCUCGUCCUGAGUCCCCUACUACAACUCCAAACAUAUGUGUGAAAAAGAGAAACAGAGAUGGAAAGGGAAAUACAAUUUAUCUCUGGGAGUUUUUACUAGCACUGCUCCAGGACAAAGCUACAUGUCCUAAAUAUAUCAAAUGGACUCAAAGAGAGAAGGGCAUUUUCAAACUGGUUGAUUCCAAGGCUGUGUCCAGGUUGUGGGGAAAACAUAAAAACAAACCUGACAUGAAUUAUGAAACAAUGGGUAGAGCUCUCAGAUACUAUUACCAAAGAGGAAUACUGGCUAAAGUGGAAGGUCAGCGCCUAGUAUAUCAAUUUAAAGAAAUGCCAAAAGAUCUCAUCUAUAUAGAUGAUGAAGAUCCUAGUCCUAGCACUGAAUCAUCAGAUUCAACUCUGCUCCCAACUGCUGUGGCCAGUAGAAACCAGUCGAGCAGAUCUAGAGCAUCUGCAAAUGCAGGAACAAAGGGAGGAUCAACCACCGUGGUAAAAACAGGGAGUUCAAAGCCUGUGAAGCUGAAGGAGCAAGUAGAAGUUGCACAGCAGCAGACAUCCAGCUCCACUUCAGAAGUUUCAAGGACAACGCAGUCUCCACAGCCAGUGCAACACACUCAGCUUUUUCGGACAGUUCAAGUAAUGCAGCCAUUGCAGCCCAUCACGGAAGAACAGGCACCUGCAACCAGUAAUGUUCCAGAUGAAGCGUUAAAUCCCUCGGUUCAGAAUGUAAGCUUGGAGAGAGCAUGUUAGAAGACCAGUAUCCUGGCUCUGUUCUGUAGCUGGGGAAAAAGCUAAUACAGACCACAGAGGAUGAGUGGGAUAUGUUGUGUGUUCACUUCUGAACUGGAGAGCUGCUACAUGAUGAAUCAGCCACAGCUUUCAUCUUGACCUUUUUGCAACCUUUGAGGUAGAAAACAUUGCAGUAAUUCAUCCUGAAGGUAACACAGGAAUGGACCACAGUGGCAAGAUGCUCAUUCAAGAGGAGAAGGAAGUAGCUGAAGGUGAAGCAUGUUUUUUUCUGGGCACGAGCAUUCUGUGUAAGAGCACUGAUGAAGCCAGCAAUAUGCCAACACAGUGGAUUGGUCCCAAUAAGCAGAGGAAAUUACCUUUGAAAGUCAUGCCUACCCCAAGCAAAUGCAUAUAUGCCUUCUGCUUUUGUUCAUAAUCUGUUUCUGUAUCCAGGCUGUGAUGUACUGGUGGUCUGACUGGAGCUCUGCUGAUGCUGAAAUACUAGACAGAUUUGUCUACCAUUAGUUUAUCAACUCUGAAAAUGUGAUUACAGCUCCUAUUUGAAAUGAAGUGUCUUUAUCAUGUGCCAUAUACGGACGUUAGCUUGUGUAAAUUGUGUAGUCAAUGUCACCAUUAUGUUCUGUAAUCAUACUUUACACACUGUCUAUGAUGGUUUUGCUCGAACUUGCAUAAUCACACAGACACAGGGAGGCACUCUGGCACCAUCUUACUGAGAGUUUGCAGUGACCAUCUGCUUCAGUCCUUUUACCCUGAAUGACAGUCAAAUCUGCAUGAUGUCAGCUAAUGUUGUAGCCCAUCAGUCCUUUGCCGUUCCUGUAGGUUAUGCUGAAUAAAAACUGUCACAGGCUUCAGUCUCACUAAAGAGCUUGCGAGGGCUCUCUGGGACUUGAUGGUGAAUAUGAGUGAAGGAAUGCAAUGCCAGCUGAGGACUUCUAGAUAAUCAGAAGCAACUCCUGGCUAACACUUGGAAAGCUUGAUGUUGGUCAGCCAGCAUCAGUGCACAUGCUUUGCUUCUGUUUGCAGCUAGACAGUUGUCUUCUGUCAGUGCAACAAGUUGGGUCUUCAUGCUCCAAAGGCAGAUCUUCAGUAGAAACUCGCCAGCACCACCAACUAGUUGAUACUUGUGGCUCUGGCUCACUGCUGCUGUAGCUUUCCCCAGAGGAAGGGAAGGAGGUGAUUGUUGAGAAGAGCUGAUCUCUGUCAUCUCUUAAGUGCAGGCUUGACUGUUUCAGGUUUCAGGGUGGUGAAGAAAAUCCCCUUCCUGAGGGAAGUGUUUGUCAGAAAUAGGCUGAUGUGAUCUCAGUGAACUUCUACAAUAAAGACUCGUUUAGCUUACAACAGGGUGUGUUUCUCAGGACAUAUUUACAAUAGGGAUAGCAAACAUUUUGAUUUGAUUCUCCUGCAGCUGAGACCUUCUCUUAAGCCCAUUUCUGAUGUAAUAUCUGUGGUAGGUAGGAAGAAGGCUGCUUACAGCAGAAGGGACUUCAAAGUCAUCUAGACAGAUUAAUUUUGUUUCAGGUGAGCAUGCAGUUUUGAAAAACUCUGGGAAGAAGAGUGUAAGACUGCAUGGGCCAGUAAAAAGGACACCGUGCCUGAGAGCUGAGUCCUCUGUCUCUGUCCUCAUGAUGUAAAGAUACUAUCUUGUCCAGGGAAAGCUAGACAAGAACAGGCAAGUUCUGCCCUCCCUUCGGAGGAGGCUGUGUUCAGUCAGGGCAUGAAGGGAUCAGGUGCCUUUCUACCUCUCAUGGACAUUUUCCCCCAGAUUGCUUAAGCAGCUCCUGUCUGUGUGGCUUCCCCUGAGGAAGAGCAAGUGGCUAUGGGGCAGUGUGUUGGGGUGAGGUAUUGACAGGACUGCUGAUGACUGAGGAUCAUGCACAUGAGCACAGCUGUGGAGGAGAGCUCCUGAGAUGCCUUUGGCUAAUGCUUCCUACAGUACCCCAGAAGAGAUUGCCUCUCAACUAGGGCAUCUGAAUUGGUUCUGACAAGCACAUCCCACCCCCUCACCUCCCUCAAGCUCUUCCUAGCUUGACUCAGUGAGCCGUUUGCAACCAGCUAGCUGAACAAACUGGGAAAGUCCCUGGAAAUAUGCCUGUUUAUCUCGAGGCCAUCAUUUUCCAUAUGCUGUAGAUUGAACAUGUGUGUUGGAGAGGGAAUUCUCUUCUGUUACCUCUCUCUGUGUAUUUCUUAAUAUUGCCUUGUUUCAUUUGCUUUUUUGGCUGUGGAAUACCUUGUUUACCUUGGCUUGUAGCUUCAGGUUUUGGGUUGUUUGUUGUUUUUUUUUAUCUUCUCCCUUUCUCCAUUUCAUAAAUUUCACAUAAAUUACUGUGAAUAAACUUGUUUUUCUUGCCUGUCA